AUGCGCAUGCAUCAUUCUGGUUGCGACGCUGCCGCCUGGAUACAACAGUCUGGCUACCGUGAGGGUUUAGACGAGGGCAAGGGGAAGUACCUGCAACAGGGCUUCAAUGCAGGCUUUGCUGAGGGCAGCCGCGCCGGCUUUGAGUACGGCCUCGCCCGCGGCGCGCUGCAGGCGCUAUCCGCCCACCUCGCGCCGCCGUCCGAGGCCGCCUCGAAAGCGGCCGCGCUGCAGUCGGAGCUGUCAGCCCUAACUGCCAAGCAGGCGAUGGCGCGCGCGUGCCUGGAGCUGCUGGCAGUCCGGCCGCUGCAGCUGGACGCGGGGGAGGACGGGGAGCUGGCGGGCGCGCUCAGUCAGCUGCGGCUCGGGGCGGCUGGCGGAGCGGCUGCGUUCGCGCUCCUGGUGGGCUGCUGA